CGAACCCUUUUACAAAAUGCAAACCCUGACGGCGUGCACAGUCCUCGCGUUCUCCACGGACCACUCAAAAGCAUGUCCGAUUCGCAGCCGCGGCCAUCGCAGCAACAAGGGGUAAAGGCGUCUAGGGCGGUAACGUCCGUAACCCUGGACGCGCCAGAGCCAGUGGUGGAGCGCGUCAGCAACUCAGGCGGCAGCCGAAAGGCCUUUGCCAAGGCCUUCACCUCGCUGCUGGGGCUGCAGCUAGCCAAACCCGAUGACCUGGAUCCAGACACGCUGCGAAACCCGCCCUUUCCCCGCUACACCCCCGCGCUGUCCGAGCUCAGCGUGCAGCAGCUGCGGCCGUACUUCCUCAACCGCACCUACACAGACACAGACGUGGGCUACCUGGCCUUCUUCUCCGCCAUGCACCUUGUGGCGCUGGUGGGCGGCCCGCUCACCUACAGCCCGGAGUGCCUGCAGCUGUGCCUGGCGGGCUACGUGGUGACGGGCAUGCUGGGCAUCUCCAUGUCGUACCACCGCCAGCUCAGCCACAAGUCCUUCCGCUGCGUCAAGCCGCUCGAGUACCUGCUGGCCUAUUGCGGCGCCCUGGCCUUCGAGGGAGACCCCAUAGAGUGGCCGUCCAAAUCGGUAAACGGGCAUCCUACCCAUAGCAUGUGGGCAUCUUACAUGGGCUGGGGUUCAGCUCCAGGCCGCCAGCCGCCGCCGGCGGCCGCUAUCACACCUGGUCGCGCAGGCAGCAGCACUACUGCCAUCCGCUCCGGGGUAGCAGCUAGCGCGCCCCCAGCGGGCAGUAGGGGACCGGCGGGCAGCAGGCGGCAGUGCCCCACGCGCACCAGCAGCAGCAGCAGCAGCAGCAGAAGCACCCCAUGCUGGAUCCAGCGCUGGCGUACGUGCCGCGGCCGUACCGGGACCCGCAGGGCUGGUGGCACAUCCCAGACCGAUGGGUUGAUACUUACGAUCCGCCCGUGCACGCGGGGAGCAUAUACGGUACAGCAGCCUCGGGGGCGGCGCAGCCUCCGCGCACGUCUGUUCACCCGCACGCUGUAGGCGUUAGUGGCUUCCGGACGCGGGAUAUGCCAUUGCAACGGGGCUGCAAUGUGUAUCGUAUUAGAGGGACGAGCAAUGCAUGCAUGCGCACGUGAGCACGUGGGUGUAAUCGGGGCUAGCUGGCACGAGUUUGAGCUGGAGGUGGAAGGGUGGACCACGCCAAGGGGCAGAAGAGGGUAGGUUGACACAUUACCGCAAACAUAUGUUACAAUUGAAGGGCGGCUCAAGCUCGUGUCGUACGUAUCUCCCUGUAAGGCAUCUUCUUG